AUGGCUGCUUCUUGCCCUAAGUGGUCAAAGGAACUAUGUUACCACUUCAAGCCGUUGCUAACUCCCCACAAAGUGUCUUCCCCCGAAGCUGAAGCCAUCACUUCAGUUCUCCACGCGUACGGAACUGCUCUUAAGAGCCGCAACGACGAGGAUGUGGUCAGUCUCUACACGUCCGACGGCGUCAUCAUGCCGCCUCACUUCACAGCCGCCGUGGGCACCGCCUCACUUCGCGAAUCCUACACGCGCAUCUUCUCAUCGGUUCAGCUCGUCAUCACGUUUUCAAUAGAAGAGAUUAUCGUCAUGUCCCCGGACUGGGCAUUCGCAAGGACAACAGCCGAGGGAACGAAGACGAUGUUGGCGACACAGGCUUCGGAGGAGCACGCGAAUCAAGAGCUUUUCAUCAUGAAGAAGGAAGAUGGGGAGUGGAAGAUUGCGAGAUAUGCUUUUUCGACGAUGAAGCCUCUCGUUCAAGAUGGUACAAAUCCCAAGGUCUUUAGUUUGAGUUCCGGAAACAGACAUAGCUAUGUAAAGCAAAAUAGUACUAUGGCUGGGAUACUGUAGACAUUGCCUUGGAUCUUUCUUUCUACUACAGCAAGAAAUAGGACUGCACUGGCGAAACGCACUUAUUGCGGUGUCUUGCAUUGUGAGCCUCAAUUUUGUUAUUCGAAUGAUGGCUUGUGUGGGCUUACACCAGUUGUAAUUCUCCAGCAGAAUUCAGUGAGGUUGUCUUUCCAACCCUUCCCUGAGGAUGAGGAGGCUCAUAUGUCGGCAGACGCCAGGUCCGCUUGAGUCGAUGAACUGUCUGAUGCGAUCGCCAAUAUGAUAUAUCUUGACAGUCUUGGA